AUGUCCGGCCCAGAGCCUCAGCAGCCUGCUCUCUCAGGCGCUCAGGUCCAGCCCGGGCACUUGGACCCCUGUCCCUUGGCUGUGUCCCCAGUGGUCCCGCGCCGCCUAGCUCAGGGACGCCUGGAGUCCUCCUUUUCUGUUGAAGCCAUCCUGGCCAGACCUGAGACCCAUAAGAGAGUGGUCACCCCACCGCCGCUCUCCACCUGCACACGUCUGAACCUCUGCUCCGUGUCACAGUACCCGGUCCUGCCUUGGGUGUGCUCUGCAGCGACUUGGCUGCCCGCCUACCUGAGCUUGGGCGUCCACCCGCUUUGCUCCAUGCCCUGCGUACCCGGAUUCAAUGUGGCUCACCUCUUCUGCCAGCAGGGCCUCAGCCUCACAGGCUCGGAGCUGCCUUACUGUCCAGGCCUCUGGAGCCCUCUGGACUGGGCACCUUCCGUGGACCUUCAGGACACAGAGAGACACCAAAAGAGGGUCCGCACAAUGUUUAACCUUCAGCAGCUGGAAGAGUUGGAGAAGGUGUUUGCGAAGCAGCACAACCUGGUGGGGAAGAAGAGAGCCCAGCUGGCUGCCAGGCUACACUUGACAGAGAACCAGGUGAGGAUCUGGUUCCAAAAUCGCAGGGUGAAGUAUCAGAAGCAGCAAAAGCUGAAAUCACCUUCCUCCUCUGCCAUGGAAGAGCCCUCCAGCAGCUCAGAUGGCAGCAUCCGGAGUGAAGAUGCUGAGUCAGGAGCUGGCAGUUAA